AACCCCAACCUAAAAGCAAAAACCUCCCUCUCUCUCUGCUCUCUCGACAUGGUCUAUACUUACCGUUUAGCCGCUCUUCUUGUACUCCUCUUCGCCACCGUUGGUUUCUCCUCCGCCAUGAUGGACGAGCAGCCUUUCCGUCCGUCUUCCAUCAGUCUCAAUUACAGCCUUUCAGUAACAAAAAAUAAUAUCAGUCUUAAUUACAGCCUUUCGGUAAAAAAAGAUAAUAUCAGUCUCAAUAUCGUUUGGUACGGAAAAUUCAAACCAAUUCAACGGUCCGUCAUCGUAGAUUUCAUCCGUUCUAUCAACUACUCCGAAACCGCCGCAAAAGGUCCCUCCGUCGCGUCUUGGUGGAAGACGACUGAGAAGAACAAAGGCAGCGCUUCAACGAUCGUCGUCGGUAAACAGCACAUCCUCGAGGACUACCCUCUCGGGAAAUCCUUAAAAAGUCCUCACCUCAAAGCUCUGUCAGGCAAACUUAACGGAGGUGGUGUUGGGUCGAUAACCGCCGUUUUGACGGCGAAAGACGUGGCCGUCGAGGGGUUUUGUAUGAACCGGUGCGGGACUCACGGAUCAAAGUCAAGUUCCCUUGACGGUGGAGCUUACGUAUGGGUCGGAAACUCUGAAGAGCAGUGUCCUGGCUACUGCACGUGGCCGUUUCAUCAGCCGUUAUACGGACCUCGGUCUCCCCCGUUGAUUGCACCCAACGGUGAUGUUGGAGUUGACGGAAUGAUUAUUAACCUCGCGACGCUACUGGUUAACGCCGUUAAUGGGGAUCAAGAACCCGCCUCGUUCUGUGUCGACAGGUUCGGGUCCGGUGCUUACCCGGGUUAUGCGGGUCGUGUUCUAGUGGACAAGACUACCGGAGCGAGUUACAACGCUUUGGGUCUCGCCGGUAGGAAAUAUCUUUUACCGGCGGUGUGGGACCCUCAAGCUGCAGAGUGUAGGACUUUGGUUUAAGUCAUAAAGGACUCCUGGCAAGAAUCACUGGUUUGGGAUGUGUUUCUUUUGUUGUUUUGUAUGAAAUGUGAAGAAUAAUAAAACGAUGUGUGAAGAAUAAUAAAACCGAUUUGUAGUCUUCCCUACAAACUUAU